UCCUCACCCUCUGAAGUGAGAAACCUCAUCUCCCACUACAGACCUGCCAGGGCCCAGGAGAGCUUGACCCACCCAGGCACACCAUAGCAGCAGAGAUGGCUGGGGACACAGAAGUGUGGAAGCAAAUGUUUCAGAAGUUAAUGCGGGAGGUGAAGCCAUGGCACAGGUGGACCCUGAGACCAGACAAGGGCCUUCUUCCCAACGUCCUGAAGUCAGGCUGGAUGCAAUACCAGCAGUGGACCUUUGCCAGGUUCCAGUGCUCCUCCUGCUCUCGUAAUUGGGCCUCUGCCCAAGUUCUGGUCCUUUUCCACAUGCACUGGAGUGAGGAGAAGUCCAGGGGCCAGGUGAAGAUGCGGGUGUUUACCCAGAGAUGUAAGAAGUGCCCCCAACCUCUGUUUGAGGACCCUGAGUUCACGCAAGAGAACAUCUCAAGGAUCCUGAAAAACCUGGUGUUCCGAAUUCUGAAGAAAUGCUAUAGAGGAAGAUUUCAGUUGAUAGAGGAGGUUCCUAUGAUCAAGGACAUCUCUCUUGAAGGGCCACACAAUAGUGACAACUGUGAGGCCUGUCUGCAGGGCUUCUGUGCUGGGCCCAUACAGGUUACAAGCCUCCCCCCAUCUCAGACCCCAAGAGUACACUCCAUUUACAAGGUGGAGGAGGGAGUUAAGCCCUGGGCCUCAGGAGAGAAUGUCUAUUCCUACACAUGCCAGAACCACAUCUGUAGGAACUUAAGCAUUUUCUGCUGUUGUGUCAUUCUCAUUGUUAUCGUGGUGAUUGUUGUAAAAACUGCUCUAUGAGCCUUGGAGACAUGAUGCUAAGUCAGAAAAAAAAUCAGAUACAAAAAGUCAUAUGUUGUAUGAUUUCAUUUAUGUGAAAG